AACUUUGGCACCACCAUUAAAGAGAAGCUUGGGAUUGAUCUGAAAGGCUGGCCCGAGGGCAUUCCAUUCCAAUCCCCCACCAGCCUCAAUGCUCACAACACCCUUCUGAAGCUCCGCAAUGCACUUAAAGAUGGCUCUUGCCAUUGGUUCCGCAUGUCCCCGCGUCAAAGGGAGGAAUAUACCACUCAACUAGCUGUGCGCCACAAGAGAGGAGAGACCAUUGGUAAGCCCUGCAAGAAGCGCUCUGAUGCUGGGGUAGCACAAAAAUGCAAUGGAAAGGAGAACGGAUGCCCAAGAAAGUAUGCAUGAGGGUCUGGGUCCUCUGUACAGCCUCCAAAGAGUGCAGAGUUUGUGG